UGUCACUGUCAAAAUCAGCAGUGAAACGUUUCCAAAACAAAUUGGAAAGUUUUGCGAUGGUUUUGCGAAUCUCGCUAACUGAAUUUCUUUUACCUUUACAUAAUACCCAAUAAUGUUAAUUUGAAAGUGAUACUCUUUUUACAAAUUUCUGGAGCGUCCGGCUCGUACCAUCGAACAAAGAAAUCGUCCUCCUACAAUCGUCACGCGGAAAUGAAUAAUCAGUGACACACAUUUAAUUUGAAUUUAAUAGGAUCACGCGAGAGAAAUCGCGGGGGAUGGGCCCGGGCUGGAACCUGCGAACGCAAUCAUGAGGAAAGUCGUGCUAUUCAAGAGUCCCUCCGAGGACUACGAGCUAGCCUUCAGGGGCAGCGAGUACGAGGUGGUGUUCGUGGAGCCCCUGCAGUUUGAGUACCGGAACCUGGUGGAGCUGGGCGAGCGCCUGCAGCAACCGUACGACGGCGUGGUGUUCACGAGCCCGCGCGCCGUGGAGGCCGUCGCCCGCUGCUGGUCACCGGCCAAGUUCGCGCUGUGGAACACCCGCAAGGUGUACACGGUGGGCGAGGCCAGCGCGCACAAGAUCAAGAUCGCGCUCGGCCUCGACGCGGUGGGCUCCGCCACCGGCAAUGCCGAGACCCUCGCCGAGCUCAUCGCCGCCGAGAACGACGCCGACUCCAAAUUUCUGUUCCCCAGCGGGAAUCUGCGGUCGGAAAUCCUACCCAACAUCCUCGAUGCGAAGGGAAUACGUACCGACUCGGUGACGGUGUAUGAGACCAAGGAGAAUGUGGAGUUGAGAUCGAGCCUGCUGGAGAUAAACGAAGAUGUCCCGGCCUGCAUGGUGUUCUUCAGUCCAUCGGGGUGCGAGUACAUCUACCGCCAGCUGCAGACCUUCGCCAACAGGCUGUCCAAUCUCCCCCACUUCGCCAUCGGCAACUCUACCGCUCACAAGAUAGAGAAUCUCGGGGUGGAAAUAGCGGGCAUAGCUUCUAAGCCGAAAGCUGAGUGCGUCCUGCAAGCUAUUCAGCAAUUUUUCGUAGCUACAACUUAACAUUUCAUGGGUCAAGCGGUUGUCAGUACAACUACAAGUAUUUUAGGAAGUGAUAUUAUAUUACAGGUGGGAAUUAAAACAGUAGCAUUUAUUUCGUAUCACAAAAUAUAUUCAAAACUUAGUCAAUAUGUUUGGUACAAAGGAUUUGUUUUAAAGUUAAUUAUUUUUCUGACUAGUACACCUUGAAUACUUUCAAUUGUAAUAUUAAGUCCAUAGACAUGUAGCUAAAAUCUAUAUUAUAUUUCCAAACCUUGAUAAAAAUGACUACACUAAAAUCACAAUACUCUAAUUUUGACAAAAUAUGAAUGUUUUUUUACUAAAAGUCUAGAUAAUAUUUACACUCACACAAUAUCUUGUAUAUAUUAUGUAAGUAACCAGUAGAAAUUAAGUGUUGUACUAUGUACUAGAAGCCAUAAGUAUGUAUUGUUUAAUGUUUAUACAUUGUUGUUCAAAAACACAUUUUAAAUGUUAUU